AUGGCAGAAGAUGGUGACGAGGUUAGAAUUAUUGUGCUCGAGGAUGGCGAGCAUUUGGAGAGUGUGAUUAGAAAAGUCGAGAAAGGUUGGAUAGUGCGAUUCAAGCGUGGCUCAUCGCUUCUCGGAAAACGGGUUACUGUAUUCACUACAGUAUGCCCAAACCGCCCCUUGGAAUGGUCAGAAGGCAAAGACCACCUGUCGGUGUACUGUCAAGUUCGCUGUGAGACCGCCGGCUCGUUUAGAUAUCAUUUUGUUGUCGAAAAAGUGCCUUGUGCUGAAAAUGGAAUCUCUGAAAAUGGAAAAUCUGAAAAUCCAGAAUCCGGACAUGGAUAUUUUCUAGUGAUGCCUGAGUUGAAAAUCAAUGGAAAGCCCCUUUCUUUGGAUGGAAUUUGUUGUCAAACGUAUUUGACAAAGCUUUUGGGACCGAUUUCGGAAUGGAAGAAUCGUCUGAGAGUGGCACAUGAGACAGGAUAUAAUAUGAUUCAUUUGACGCCAAUUCAUGAGUUGGGAAUCUCGAAUUCCAGUUAUUCGCUGAGCAAUCAUCAUCAGUUGAUUCAGAAUGCCACGUGGCUUUUGGAGCAUCCAGAAUCCGCAUACAACUGUUUGAAUAGUCCCCAUCUACGCCCGGCUUAUAUCAUUGAUCGAGUCUAUCAUGAAUUCGGAAAACAAGUUGGAGAUGGUGUUUGGAAGGAUCGAGGAGUUCCUCCAGUCAUUGAAAAUAUCUCACAUGUCAAUGCAAUUGAAUAUCUUUUAAGAGCUGAAAUCCUUCCAAAAGCUGAUCUUCAUGAGUUUUAUCAAGUGGAUUUGAAAGCGAUGACAAGUCUCUUCGAGAUGUUCAUCAAACAAGCCGACGGUCCAACGAAAGAUCCAUUGGACGGGGAAACCGUAAAAAUUCUGCAAGAUCCUGAAUAUCGACGAUUCGGGAAUACUGUAGAUUUUGAGAGAUCAGCGAGAAUUUUCAAUCGGGAGAGAGGAGAUGCGGGGAAUGAAGAAGAACGAAUUCAAAAAUGUGUGAAAAGCUUCGAAGAGGCUCUCCAUCAGGCAAAUUUAAAUGCCGCUCGCGAGUCAUGGGAAGUCAUUUUAGCCGGUCUACGAGCCGUCAUGGGCGGAAUCUCGUACGAACGAAUCGCUGAGCAUGGACCAAAAAAGGGGCGUGUCUCUCCGGAAAAUCCACUCACCACUGACUAUUUUCUACAUUUGGAACCGGAAAUGGGAUGGAGAUCCGAGCAGAAAUUGGCGUAUGAUCCGGAGAAAUCCAAGUUUUUGAUGGCUUUCAAUGGAUGGGUCAUGAGCAGUGACCCGAUGAAAAAUUUUGCGUUGAAGGAUUCGCAGGUCUACCUCCGUCGUGAGCUGGUGUGUUGGGGUGACUCUGUCAAAUUGAACUACGGCGAAAAAGAAGAGGACAGUCCGUUCCUAUGGCAAUACAUGAGAGAAUACACUCAACAAGCCGCCCGUAUCUUCCAUGGACUUCGCAUUGAUAACGCCCAUGGGACACCGAUCCACGUGGCAGAGAAGCUGCUGAAAAUCGCACGAGAAAUCCGACCAGAUAUCUAUGUUUUUGCUGAGCUAUUCACAGGAUCUGAGCAUGCUGAUAACAUGUUUGUCAAUCGAUUAGGCAUCUCUUCAUUGAUUAGAGAGGCGCAAAGUGCUGGGGAUAGUCAUGAACAGGGUAGAUUGGUUUAUAGGUUUUUUUGUUAUUCGAAAUUCGAAUUUCUUGGUUACUGUAGCCCAAACAGUCCGCAAGAACCGUAUGCACAAGAGUUGAUCAUUCAGUGUUUGCACACUUUCGAGAGCACAGUAAUUCAAAAAAAAGUUUCUAGACCAAAAUUUUGCGGCAAUUUCAAAUUUUUAGGUCUCGAACUCUCAAUUUUUCAUUACAGAUACGGUGGCGAUUGUGUGGGAGCGUUCAAACAGAAAUCCGCCCGUCUCGCUCCCGAAUCCAUUGCUCAUGGCCUAUUUCUGGAUCAAUCACACGAUAAUCCGUCGCCAAUUCACACGAGAAGUGCUUUCGAUAUUCUUCCGACGGCCGCAAUGCUCACGAUGGCCUCGUGUGCAGUGGGAAGUAAUCGAGGAUACGAUGAGCUGGUUCGAGAUCAUGUAAGUUUUAAGGAAAUUCAAAAAAUGAUCCAUGUUGUCCAUGAGACCCGCCCGUACGCCUCAUGGUCCGACGAGGUAACCUCAUCUCAAGGAAUCAUCGCUGGGAGAAAAAUUCUGAAUAAUUUGCACACAUGGCUCGCCGAGCACGGUUUCAAUCAGGUCUUCGUGGAUCAAAUGAACUCGGAUAUCGUCGGAAUCACUAGACACAAUCCACGUAGUCAUGAGACAGUAGUCGUGGUCUCUCAUACAGCUUUUUCGAAAAAUUAUGUAAAUUGGCCGGCUGGUUUGAAGCAUAUCCCAAUUGGAGGCGUCCUUGAAUCUGUUCUUUUUGAAAUGAAGCUAAACAAGCAGCAAGACGAAUGGAAUCCGGAGAAUUCGAAUUUUCUGGAAGGACUGAAAAUUUUCGAAAUGGAAAUUCGAGAAAAUGCCGGCUUGGAGGAGGGGCAAAUGUUCAAAUUGCAUGGUGGACCCACUGGAUUCAUUGAGCUCACUAAUUUCCCAUCUGGAUCUGUCAUUGGAUUCAAAAUUCGACCAUCUGAUGAGGCUGCCAGCGCUUUCGAGCAGAUUCAUCAAUCUAUAGCCUCCUCCCCUCAUCUGGACUCCGCCCUCUCCAAACUGACCUAUCAAUCCUUCCCGACCCUUCUAUUCCACUGUGAAUCGGAAGACUAUGCGACAAUCGAACAAGGCGGAUAUGAUGUUCCGAACUUUGGAAAAUUUGUCUAUUGCGGCCUACAAGGCCUAAUUCCAGUCCUAGACAAAAUCCGGGACCACAACGAUUUGGGCCAUCCACUGUGCCAGAAUCUUCGAGACGGCACUUGGCUUUGUGAUUAUAUUGUUGGAAGAUUGGCAAAAUUCCCGAAGCUUCUGGAAGUUUCUGAAGUGAUUGAACAACUUCUAAAACCUCUUGAACGUGUACCGUACUACUUGAGACCUGCGUACUUUGAAGUACUGAUUGCUCAUAUCUAUGGAAAAGCGAGAAAAGAGGCGUUGAGUCGAAUGGCAUCAGAAAUCCACUCGUCAUCUGCUCUAAUCCGUCACUUGGCCAUCUCAACACUGGAAUUCCUCGGCUAUAUUCCAGGCGCCGGACUCGCCCCUAUUCCAGAAUCCCUAAAGCUAGAAGAUGAGCAUCCGUCGAGUCUCGCUGCCGGACUCUCUCAUUUUUCAGUUGGAAUCUGGAGAAAUUGGGGUCGUGACACCUUCAUCGCUCUUCCCGGAUGCCUUCUAGCGACUGGACGAUUCCAAGAAGCCCGCCAAAUCAUUCUAUCUUUUGCUGGAUCACUUCGUCAUGGUUUGAUACCGAAUCUGCUUGCUGAAGGCAUCGGAGCCCGAUACAAUUGUCGAGAUGCCACGUGGUUUUGGCUGGUCUCCAUUGUGAAAUAUGUGGAAAUGGCACCGAAUGGAAUUGCAAUCCUUCAAGACCCGGUUCGUCGGAUCUAUCCAAAAGAUGAUACAGUUUAUGGAGACGCAGAGAAGGAGGAGAGAUUGAUUGAUACGAUUUACGAGGCCAUCGAGAAACACUUUGCUGGAAUUGAUUUCCGGGAGAGAAAUGCGGGACCACAAAUUGAUGAGCAAAUGAGAGAUGAGGGAUUUAGGAAUUCGAAAACUAGGCCAGCAAGAGACAAAUCAAAAUGUGUGAAUUUCCAGGUUACUGUAAGUGUCUCUCGAACCACUGGCUUCAUUCAAGGCGGAAAUCGCUGGAACUGCGGAACGUGGAUGGACAAAAUGGGGAGUAGUGAGCGUGCGGGAAACAAAGGAGAACCGGCAACACCUCGUGAUGGAGCAGCCGUCGAACUACAAGGUCUCGCCUACCGUACCCUUCGAUCGCUGGCCGACUGGAAGAAGGCGGGGCUUAUCGAGAGGGGCGGAGUCAGUGACGACUGGUCUUGGAGCUUUUGGGCGGAGAAAAUUCGGAGAAACUUCGAGAAACGAUUCUACGUGGAGAAGGGGGCUACUGGCGAGUUUGUGAAUCGUACGGAGAUUUUGAAGGAUUCAUUCGGGUCGAGCCUUGGAUUCACGGAUUGGGAAUUGAGAUGUAAUUAUGGCAUCGCGUUGGCAGUCGCUCCAGAUAUUAUGGAUCCGAAGAAGGCGUGGAAGGCAUUGGAUACUGCGGAGGUUCUUUUGGGACCGCUGGGAAUUAAGACCUUGGAUCCAACCGAUUGGAACUACAACGGUUACUACAACAACGAUGAUGACGGUACCAACAAGGUUACCGCAAAAGGCUGGAAUUACCAUCAGGGACCUGAAUGGCUGUUCGUCGCCGGUUAUUACCUUCAGGCUCGUCUCAAAAUUGGAGAAAUUCUUGGAGGCGCCGAAAAGAAAUACGCCAUCCGUCAGGUCCAAGAGCGUCUCGGUAGCGCUUACAAACACUUGAUCGAUUCGCCAUGGAGAUCGCUUCCCGAGUUGACGAAUGCCAAUGGGGAGUACUGUAGACAGAGUUGUGAUGCGCAGGCGUGGUCCGUCGGAUGUCUGAUGGAGGCGUGUGUCAAGCUGAAUACAAUUGAUGAAUAA